CCUGAACCUCCCUACAUGGCUGUAGGACUCGGGUGUUUGUUGUGUGGAGGGAGCGGACGCAGAGCGGCACAUCUGACAGUUGGAGUCCCCUGUUGUCCUGGUGAAGUGCUUUUGAGCCAGACGUUGAACCUGCACCAGGUACAGUUUUCACUUCUAUCACCUACACCAGUGGUUCCCAGCACUGGUCCAGCUCAAGAAGAACCUGAGAGUUGUUCCAGCAUGGAGAGGAGGCGGAGUCUGCUGCUCUGCCUUGUUGUAGCAGCAUCUUUCCAUGGCAACGCCGCUCAAACGACAGUCUGCACCCAAGAGGCCGUAGCUGACAUGGUCUUCAUGGUGGACGGCUCGUGGAGCAUUGGCACAGAGAACUUUGAUCAGAUCCGUCAGUUUCUCUACACCCUGGUUGACAGCUUCGACAUCAGUCCUGAUCAUGUCCGGGUUGGCCUGGUCCAGUACAGCUCCAUACCACGUACAGAGUUCAAACUCAACACCUUCCAUACCAAGAAGGGAAUCCUGGAAUACAUCAAGAACUUACCUUACCGGGGAGGAGGAACCAACACUGGGAAGGGCUUGGACUUCAUGCUGAGUAACCACUUUGUGGAAACAGCUGGGAGCCGUGCGGAGCAGAACGUGCCACAGAUUGCCGUGGUCAUCACCGAUGGCAAAUCUCAGGACGAAGUGGAGCUCCAUGCGGAGAAGCUGAGGAACAAGAGAAUUAUUUUGUAUGCUAUUGGUAUCAAAGAUGCAGACAAAGAUGAGCUGAAGCAAAUAGCGAACAGGCCGCAUAGUCAGCACGUCCACAGCGUGUCAGACUUCACAGCCCUUCAGGGGAUUUCUCAGAACAUCGUCCAGACGCUCUGCACCACCGUGGAGGAAGUCAAGAGACAACUCCUGCAGGUGUCUCAAGAAUGUGCCAAAGCCAGCAUGGCCGACAUCGUCUUUCUGGUUGAUGGCUCCUCCAGCAUCGGCCUCGCUAACUUUCAGCAAGUUAGGUUGUUUCUGCGAAGCGUUGUCUUGGGCCUUGACAUCGGCCCAGACAAAGUCCGGGUUGGCCUGGCUCAGUUUAGUACCGAGCCUCACAAAGAGUUCUUAUUGAAGGAGUACCUGGAGGCUCCGUCUCUGCUGAAUGCAAUAGACAAAUUUCCCUACCGGACUGGAGGCACCCAGACCGGCAAGGCCAUCGACUUCCUGAUUUCUCAGUACUUCACGGAGGAGGCAGGGAGCCGAGCGAGUCAGAGAGUGCCUCAAAUCGCCGUAGUCAUCACUGACGGAGACUCGACAGACAAUGUAGAGGAGCCCGCCCAGCGACUGCGACAGCAGGGGGUCAUUGUCUUUGCCAUUGGGGUGGGAAAAGUCAACCUGGAGGAGCUAGAGAACAUCGCUAACCAGCCUUCACAGCGCUUCCUGUUCACUAUCGACAACUUUCAGGCCCUGCAGAAGUUGACGAGGGGUCUGCUGCAAACUGUCUGUGUCUCAAUGGAGGAUCAAAGACAAGCUUUGGCGGAGAAGUUUGCAGACAUCUUCUUCCUCCUGGAUGGCGGUAUAACACCAGCUCAGUUCCAGCAGGUCAAAUCUUUCCUCACCCGACUCGCCAAUCAGCUCAACUUUGGAGCUUCAGCCCAUCGUCUGGGUUUGGCUCAGUAUGGUCAAAACGUGCAGUUGGAGUUUCUCCUCAACCAGCACCAAACCAAAGAAGAGAUCCAGGCUGCGGUGAAGCGCUUCCAGCAUCUCCGACUCUCAUCUACUGAACCACGCAACCUGGGCGCCGCCUUGGCCUAUGCCAGCAAUAACUUUUUCACCAAAGCGGCGGGAAGCCGAGCAGAUCAAGGCUACAGACAGUUCCUGGUUGUUCUUAGUGGAAAAGACUCCAGUGACCCUGUGUUUAAGGAAUCCCGUCUGAUCAAGUCAGCAGGCAUCACUGUGGUGGGAGUAGGUCUUGGAGCUUCAAUGGAAGAGCUACGCGUGGUUGCCACUACACCAUAUAUUUACCAGAUCCAAGCCAUUACUGUUCCUGUGCUCAAACAGAUCUUUAUAUCUGAGGAACCGGAGACCUUUCUAACUGGAGAUUGCAGAGCUGCCAAACUGGCUGAUAUUGUGUUCAUUGUUGAUGAGUCGGGAAGCAUCGGAGACCAAAACUUUCAGCUGGUGUGCUCCUUCCUGUAUUCGAUCAUCAGCGGCUUGGAGAUCAGUCCAAAAAGAGUCCGAGUGGGUAUCGUCAUGUACAACAAUGAACCUAGAGCACAGGUUUAUCUCAACACAUUCAAGAAGAAAGACGAACUGCUAAACUUUAUCAACAUCCUGCCUUACAAUGGAGGUGGUACAAAUACAGGGGCUGCCCUGAACUUCUCGCGUGAGAACGUCUUCAUCACGGAGAAAGGGAGCAGGAAGGAUAAAGGUGUGGAGCAGGUAGCUGUGGUAAUCACAGAUGGAGAGUCUCAAGACAAUGUGACCCAAGCAGCAGCUGAUCUCCGACGUGCCGGAGUCACUGUUUACUCAGUGGGUGUCCAAAACGCUAACGAGCACGAGUUGAGGCAGAUGGCUUCUUAUCCUCCACAGAAACAUGUGUUUAUCGUGGACAGCUUUGCCAAACUUAAAUCCCUGGAGCAGAGCCUGCAGAAAACCCUCUGCCACAACAUCAUCCACCAGGCGGUCUCAGUCAGUGCGAGAAGAACCGGCAUCAAGGAAGGCUGCGUUCAAACAGAUGAAGCAGACAUCUUCUUCCUGAUCGACCACUCGGGAAGUAUUUACCCAUCAGACUUUGAGGAUAUGAAGCAGUUCAUCUUUGAGUUUAUUGACACUUUCCGUAUCGGGCCACAAUACGUCCGUUUAGGAGUUGUAAAAUAUGCGGAUUCACCAAACAUGGAAUUUGAUCUGACGAGGUACGUGGAUAAGGACACGCUGAAGAAAGCAGUGGAAGAGAUUCAACAGUUGGGAGGCGGUACAGAGACUGGGAAAGCCCUGGAGUUCAUGGGUCCGCUAUUUACAACAGCCAAGACAAGCCGUGGGCACAACGUUCCUAGGUACCUGGUGGUCAUCACUGAUGGGAGGUCAACAGAUAAAGUCAAGGCUCCUGCAGAGGCUCUGAGGCUGCAGGGUGUGACCAUCUAUGCCAUCGGUGUCAAGGAGGCGGAAGUGGAGGAGCUGGGAGAGAUGUCUGGCAACCCAAAGAGGACGUUCUUUGUCAACAAUUUUGAUGCUCUGCAUUUAAUCAAGGACGAUAUAAUCACUGAUAUCUGUACUACAGACGUUUGUAAAGAUGUACCAGGGGACCUGCUGUUCCUCAUCGACAGCUCUGGAAGUAUUUACCCAAAGGACUACAACAAAAUGAAGGAGUUCAUGAAAUCUGUCGUCAAUAAGUCUUUUGUUGGCCAGAAUGAGGUUCAUGUUGGUGUCAUGCAGUUUAGCAGUGCCCAGCGGCUAGAGUUCCCCCUCAAUCGCUACUUCACCAAAAAAGAGAUGAUAACAGCCAUUGAUGGCAUGAAUCAGAUUGGUGGAGGAACGCUCACAGGUGGAGCCAUCUCAGAGGUGUCUCAGUAUUUUGAUCCAGCCAGAGGAGGACGUCCAGACCUGCAGCAGAGGCUUGUAGUGAUCACUGACGGCGAGGCCCAAGACGAAGUUAAAGCACCUGCUGAGGCGCUGAGGGCUCAGGGAGUUCUGGUCUAUGCCAUUGGAGUGGAGGAAGCCAACACCACCCAACUGCUGGACAUCAGCGGAUCUCCAGACAGGAUGUACGCUGAGAGGGACUUUGAUGCUCUGAAGGAUCUGGAGAGACAGGUGUCCUUGGAGCUGUGUGAUCCAGAGAGAGAGUGUAAGAAGACUGAGCAGGCAGACAUCAUUUUCCUAGUGGACGGCUCCACAAGCAUAACCCUGUCCAAGUUUAGAAGCAUGCAGAAGUUCAUGCAGUCAAUGGUGAACCAAACCACGGUUGGCAAAGACCUGACUCGCUUUGGUGUGAUCCUCUACUCCACCAACCCCAAGUCUAUCUUCACUCUGAACCAGUACAGCACCAGACAGGAGGUUGUUAAAGCAAUAGCAGACCUGAAGUCCCCAUAUGGUGACACCUACACUGGACGGGCUCUGAAGUAUUCUUUACAGUUCUUCAGUGCUCAGCAUGGAGGUCGGGCAGAGCUGCAAGUGCCUCAGAUCCUCAUGGUGAUCACAGAUGGAGAUGCUACUGACCUUUUCAGUCUGGCUGAACCGUCUCUGGCUUUGAGGAACAAAGGAGUCCACGUGUUCAGUAUCGGAGUGGAAGGAGCCAACGUGACCCAGCUGGAGAUCAUGGCGGGUCAUGAUAAAUCCAAGGUUUUCUACGUGGACAACUUCAAAGCCCUGGAAACUCUCUACAAGAAUAUAACUCAGGUUCUCUGCAACUCCACCAAGCCAGUUUGCGAGAAACAGCAGGCUGACCUGGUUUUCCUUGUUGACCAGUCUGGCAGCAUUUACACCACUGACUACUCCGUCAUGAAGAACUUCACCAUUGCACUGGUGAACAGCUUUAAAGUCAGCAAGGAUUUGGUUCGCGUUGGACUCGCCCAGUUCAGCAGCUCUUUCCAGCAUGAGUUUUACCUCAACCAGUUCUACCAGGAGAAGGAGGUAUCUAGCCACAUCUUCAACAUGAGGCAGGUGGGUGGAGGCACCAACAUUGGACUGGCUCUGGACUCCAUCGGGGAAUAUUUUGAGGCUUCUCGUGGCAGCCGUAGAUCUUCAGGAAUCUCACAGAAUCUGGUACUGAUCACGGACGGAGAUUCACAGGAUGACGUGGAGGAUCCAGCUGAUCGUCUCAGAGCUUUGGGAAUUGAGAUGUUUGCCAUUGGCAUUGGUGAUGUCCAUGACCUGGAGCUGCUGCAGAUCACUGGUGAUCCCAGGAAGCUGUUCACCGUGCAGAACUUUGGCAGCUUGGAUGCCAUCAAACAAAAGGUAGUGAACACCAUAUGCAAGUCCAAACCUCCCUUAGAUCCAACUGACUGCACCAUCGACAUCGCCAUAGGGUUUGAUAUCUCUCAAAGAAGUGGUGAGACUUUAGUCAGCAGCCAAAACAAGCUCCAGGUCUUCCUGCCAGAGAUUGUCCACUACCUUUCUUCAGUGCCACGUCUUUGCUGCACCAACACACCCAUCACGCCCAACUUGGCCUACCGACUGGUGGGUAGGGAGGGACGGAUUUUGUACGACUUCAACUUUGAGGGAUACAACGAGGACGUGGUGAGAAAGGUCAUGACUUCCAGUUUGGGGGAGCCCACUUACUUCAACACGGCCCUGCUGAGAUCCUUCGAGGAGAAGUUCAGGGCUGAGUCCAGAGCAGGUGUAAAGGUGCUGGUGAUCUUUUCAGAUGGGCUUGAUGAAGAUGUCAUGACUCUGGAGAACGAAUCCGAGAAGCUGCGGCAGUCUGGGAUCAGCUCUCUGCUCAUUGUCGCUCUGGAGGGUGUUCGUAACGCCGCUCAGCUGCACAUGGUCGAGUUCGGCCGAGGGUUCGGAUACAAACUUCCUCUGAGCAUCGGCAUGCCGAGCAUCGGCAACACCAUCCUCAAACAGAUCGACUUGGUGUCGGACAGAGAGUGCUGCAACGUCAUGUGCAAAUGUUCAGGACCAGAAGGAAUCCGUGGCUCUCGGGGCCCCCCAGGGUCAAAGGGCGUUCAGGGACAGAAGGGGUACCCAGGCUUCCCAGGAGAGGAAGGUGUCGCUGGUGAAAGAGGUCCUUCUGGGCCCGGCGGACCUCCGGGAGUCCAAGGCUGUCCUGGACUCAGAGGACAGAAGGGUGGACGAGGUCUUCGUGGAAACAGGGGUGAAGAUGGAGAGGAUGGACUGAAUGGAGUAGACGGAGAACAGGGAGAGACGGGAAAAGGUGGAGCUCGAGGAGAAAGUGGACAACCAGGAAACCCGGGUACCCCGGGAAUCAGAGGGGAACUGGGACUGAAAGGACAGCGAGGACUGAGAGGAGAUCCGGGUGAACCAGGCACUGAUAACACGUCUCCAGGAGCCAAAGGACAAGCGGGGAACCCAGGUUUACAGGGGCCUGCAGGACCGGAUGGACCGCGAGGAGAGAGCGGCGAUAUUGGCAACCCGGGUCAGACUGGAAGAAGAGGAGAUCCAGGUGAAAAGGGCUCAACUGGACCCCGUGGUUCUCCAGGACUACAAGGUAUCCAAGGUGCUUCCGGUCCUCAGGGUCCCGGAGGGGUCCAAGGUCCACCAGGACCGAGAGGAGCCCUUGGUCUUCCCGGACCCCAGGGCGCACCAGGACCAAUGGGAGAAUCGGGACCUGUUGGACGUCGCGGAGCGAUUGGAUCAAAGGGCCAACCAGGAGAUCCAGGUGUUCCAGGAGCUCCAGGACCACAGGGACCCAGAGGAGCGCCGGGUCAGGAUGGCAGAGAUGGUAUCGGACCUGCAGGAUCUCAAGGUGCAAAGGGAGACCCUGGAUUCCCUGGUUAUCCUGGUCUAAUGGGGGAGGACGGGCUGCAGGGACCAAAAGGUGAACCUGGAAGCAAAGGGAACAGAGGUCGGGCGGGGAACUCAGGCCUGGCAGGAGAAUCUGGAGUGCCUGGAGAACCGGGAUAUUCAGGACACAGAGGUCUCCGAGGUCCUCCUGGAUUCAAGUCUAUGACUGAGUGUCAGCUGGUCACCUACAUCAGAGACAACUGUGCUUGCUCCAUUGGUCACUCAGAGUGCCCGGCAUAUCCCACAGAGCUGGUCUUUGGUCUGGAUAUGUCUGAUGGUGUGACUCCAAGUGCCUUCGAGAGGCAGCGUUCCGCCCUCCUGUCUCUGCUGGAGGACAUCAACAUUGCAGAGAGCAACUGUCCAAGAGGUGCCCGUGUCGCCGUGGUGGGAUUCAGCAGCUACACCAAAUACCUGAUCCGCUUCCAGGACUACCGCCGGAAGGCCCAGCUGAAAGAAGCAGUACAAAAUAUUGCCUUGGAGAGGACGUCCAACAAGCCGCUCUUAGGUGCUUCAAUGCGCUUCGUGGGUCAGAAUGUCUUCAAACAUGUGCGAGCUGGAACGAUGCUGAGGAAGGUGGCAGUUUUCUUUUCUAGCGGGCGUUCAGAGGAGGUUAAUGACAUUGUGACCGCUGUAAUGGAAUACCGAGCCCUGAACAUCGUCCCAGCAGUUAUUUCUCUGAGCAGAGCUCCUGAGAUUCGAAGUUCCAUAGAGGUCGAUGACUCAGGUAACUCUAUCUUCAUGGCAUUGACAAGGCAGGACAACCUGGCUACUGACCUGAGGAAGAUCAAGAAUUGUGCAAUCUGCCACGACCCCUGCAGACGUUCAGAGGAGUGCUCCUUCAUCCAGGACCCGGCACUGCCUCAGCAAGCAGACGUGGACCUUGUUAUGGUUCUGGACGGCUCCCGGGAGAUGCAGGCAGAUGAAUAUGUUGGUGCUAAGCAGCUGCUGGGUUCUGUGGUGGAGCAGCUGGCUGUAAGCUCUCAGCCCCGCAGACCUGGAAACCAGGCUAGAGUUGCUGUGGUCCAGCAGAGUGAAACUCAGACUGCUAAGGUGGAGUUUAACCUGCAGACCUACCAGAACCAGGAUCUGAUGAAGACACAUCUGAUGCAGAAAAUGAAGCAGCAGAGCGGUACCUCCAUUCUGGGUCGAACACUGGACUUCACCUUGAACGAGGUGCUGCUGAAGACUGGCCAGGCGCGCAAAAGGAGGGCUCUGCUGACCGUGGUGGCCACCCAGACAGCCUACAGGGACCGGGCCAAGCUGCACUACAUCUCCCUGAAGGCCAAGUGUGAAGGUGUGGCCAUGUUUGUGGUGGCAGUCGGAGAUCGGUACAAUCAGACGCAAGUGGAGGAGCUGGCUGGUCCACCUGUCCAUCAGCACCUGAUCCAUGUCAGCCAGCUGAAGGCUGAGGAGCAGGGCUACGUUCAGCGCUUCUUCAGAGUCUUCCUCUCCGUCCUCAACAAGGGAAUAAACUCGUAUCCUCCUGCUUCCCUGAGAGAGAGCUGUGAAGAGCUUGGUGGUCAGGAACAAGGACAGACCUCCUUUACUGAGGUGCUUGCUGAUGCCGGACAGACUAAGGAGGAGACGUUUCAGGAGCAGACAGAGGGUCAGAUUCAGACGGACCUGCUGGACAUCAUCCAGACUCCGGGCAGAGGAGACAGUCAGACACGGGAGCUGGGACUGGACCUGAAGGAACCCAGCAUGAGGCUGCAGACGGAGAUCACUGUCUUCUCUAAAGACGCCUGUCUCCUCCAUCAGGACCCUGGCCGCUGCCAGGAGUACACCACGAAGUGGUUCUUUGACAUCGUUCAGAACAAGUGCAGCCAGUUCUGGUACGGUGGAUGCGAAGGGAACGCCAACCGCUUCCAGACGAGAGAGGAGUGCGAAAAGUUGUGUCUGACGCAGACAUGAUGAGGAGGAUGGAGGUCACAGCUGGAGAGGAAACUGCGGGACUUCCUGUCACCAGCAGGAGGCGUUUUCUUUUUAAACUUGGACUACAGAGCCCCUGAAGGGUCACACUGAGGAGGUUUUUCCAGGUUUUUCAACAAAAGUUCCCUCUGAUCUGCAAAAGGAAAUCGUUUGGUUUGUGAAGACCUAAAGACCUUUGUUCACCAAUCUGUAUUUAUCAUCAGCAGUUUGCUCAUCCUUCCAACCCAGAUUAUUCCUGUUUGCAUUCCCAACAUGAGGACAAACGCAGUCAUCGGAAAUUCUGCCUCCUCAUCAGUACGGAGCAUUUCACAGUUGAUGAAUGAUACCAGAUUUCUCCUGGUGGAUCUCAGGAAGUCUGAGGUCUAACCUGCUGAAGCCAUCAGAGAUUAUGAAAGAGGAACAGACUCCUUUACAUUCCGGAAUAUCUUCAUCAGUUCAUCAUCUGAAAUGCGUCUGUAGGAAAACCCAACCAACUCUGAAAAGUGGAACAAUUGUCAUAACAAGUCAUUUCAUGUUCAAACUGAUCCGAGGAUAAAUACAGAGCUGGUGAGCGAACCUCAUUAAGAGAAGGGAUGAUCUUGGUCCGGAGUCUGGAUUCAUCCGGAUUCUGUUCAGGCUUCAGCUGCUUUUUAAUCCAGAAUCAGCAGAAACCUUCAACACAACUUUCAGAAACUUUAACCCAAAGCAUUUCAGCUACAGUUCCCAUUUUUUUCCAUCAUUGCUGUUCAGAUCAAGCCAUCUGACUGGAUCAGAGAAAUGUUUUAAUUGUAGGAUCAGAAAUCCAGAAGAACUUCAAUCCAAACCUGCAGCUUCCAAACAGCAACUUAGAACAAACGGAUCUUUGCUGGAACUGUGUAGUUCUUUAAAGGUUUUGGGAACUUUAGUUGGAAAAUACUCUGUGUGACCCUUCAGGGCCUCCCGUUAGACCGUUACCACAGACUCACUGUCCCGGUUCUCCUGUGUGUCCUCGGAUCAGGUGCUAUUUUAAUGAAAGCAGGUUUAUCCGCAGAUCAUCUGUUCACAUUUUAAUGUUUGAAGGAAAUAAAAGCGUUUCUGUAAAUCAGCUCUGAAAUGUUGGAUUCGAUAAAAAAUAUUCUUGUAAAUGGAUCAGGAUCAGUCAGGAAUGUGUUUUAGUGAAAACAACAGCGCCCCCUUUGGUUCUGUCUGUACAGCACUGGUGAUGAAGAUGCACACCCCUGCUGAUGGAGAGGUGUAACAAUCCUUACCAAUACUGACCUGCUCUGGUCACCCUGCUAGAAACAGUAUUUCAUCUUCUUGGUUUCAAACAGCUGGUACUGAUCCAUCUGUGCUCACGGGUCAGGAACUGAACUGCUCCAGUUGAGUUACUAACUGAAACACCAUCAAAAAGAAAAAGAUUUAGGACCCAGACCAGACUUUAGAACUCACAGUCUGAGCAUCACGUCCUAAAACCUGAAACUGAGUAGAAUUAUGUCCAAACUUUCUGACAGGUUCUGUUGCCAUGUGGCUCAUACUGAAACCAGAACACUAAGAACAUAGGUAAUGUGCUGCUGCAGAAACUCUAAUAAAAGAAUCAGAACCGA